AUGUCCAACCUCAAGCUGACUGCCAAGACAUCAGCAUCGCUUUUGAAAAUCCGUGCCAUGUACAUCAUGCAGCUCUUGGUCACGCUUGUUUCGCAGACAUCCAACAACCUGAAUGCGAUUUUUCAUCAGUUUGAAUCCUCUACUAUGAGGGAGAAGUUGGCUCUGAUGGAUUCAUGUCUCCUUUCAUAUGAAGCUUUCACUGCUGUGUGGCAGAUGGCCAUCAAGGAUUUGCUGGUGAACGCUACUUUGGAUGUGCCCAAUGUCCUCAAUUCAUGCAAUGUUACCAUUGUGACAGGCACUGGAACAUCGAGUGGCUUGGAUGUAGGGGAUGGGAAGAAUCCUGAUGCGAAUGGUGGAGAUGACGAUGGUGAAAGAGUGCAGGAUUCUGUCUUCAAGUGGUUUGACCUGUUGAACUUCGGCUUUGAUGACGGCUUGCUGUCAGCUGACACUCUCCGUUGCAUUGAGCUUGAGAUCGAGAAAGCCAUUCUGAACCAUUCAUCGAAGUCAAUGAAACAAUGGUACCAGAACUUGGUCGUGCAUGUGGCUCAUGAUGACCCGACAAGUACGGGAACACGUGCUCAAAAAAAACAUGAAGGUGAGGUUUUGCUACUGUUUGACCCUACGGAGAGUGAAGAACGUAUCCUUCGGUUCGCGAAUUUGCCAAGCAAGAUCAUGUACAGGCUACCGAAGGAGUUGAAGUUAUACUUCACCGGAACAGUUGGUGACUACAUCAUGGAAGCUGUGGAAGCUGGUGCGACAUCAGCACGUUCACGUACCAGUGCGCAGUGGGGUCCAGGGAAGCCUGUGACAUCUGUUCCAUUACAUGUCCGCCGUGUACCAGCUGUUGUUGCCAACGGUGGCAAGAGCGAGGGCAAGGACGUUCAGGAUGGCGACGCAGGUGACAAGGGUGACAAGGACAUGCCUGAGCAAGGACCUACUGACUUGGGAAUCUCGGCUCACUUUAGAGCAGGACUGAAGUUUGGUCUAGACGGCACAUCAGUGACUGGUCUUGAAGUUCCUAUGCCAUGCCCUGCAUGGAUGAUUCCAUGUGUUGCCGAUGAAAAUGGACGAUCGGUCUUGGAGUAUGCUACUGAGGUAGUCAAGUGUGAUGUGUGCUGUGGGAACCAGCAGGUGUCUUUGGAAGUGGACGUGCCCUUUCUCAAGGUGAUCGACAACGCGCUUGCAUUUGUGAAGGAGAUCAAUGGACAGUGCUACGCAGUGUUGAAGCGAGGGCUUUUGUAUCUCGAUUGA